CUAUCUAAAUUAUCUAUUGUUAAAAUUCGCAGAAUUCAGGGAAUUCUGACGUUUCUUCAACAUGUCAGCUCCCUCUCCCACGUCUCCGCCGUCCACUAACACCACCGCACCUCCUCCGUCUACCAAUACCACUGCUCCUCCGCCAGCCACUCCUGCUGCCCCUCCACCCACCACUCCUGCUGCUCCACCUCCAUCCACUCCUGCAUCUCCCCCACCAGCUACUCCAUCAGCUCCACCACCUGCCACUCCUUCCCCUCCUGCUACUUCACCACCCCCUACCUCAUCUUCCUCGCCUUCGCCUCCUUCACUCUCUCCACCAGCACCUUCACCACCCACUUCUACAUCCCCUCCUUCCUCAUCAACUCCUUCUCCUCCCUCGCCUCCUUCUACCACGCCGUCUCCUCCUUCGAGGUCUGGGACCCCGUCAACGCCUGCGACCAGGAGUCCUCCCCCACCAUCUUCUGCUAAUGCGCCGCCUACGGGUUCCUCGGGGAUAUCGACGGGAGUGGUAGUGGGGAUAGCUAUUGGAGGCGUAGCAAUUCUGCUAGUUUUGAGUUUGCUCUGUCUUUGUUGCAGGAAGAAGAGGAGGAGAAGUGAUCAUGAGGCUGCUUACUAUGUUCCUCCGCCUCCUCCUGGUCCUAAAGAUGGUCCUUACGGUGGGCAACAGCAGCAUUGGCAACAAAAUGUUCCCCCACCACCGGAUCGAGUUUUCACAUCAAUGCCAAAACCUAAUCCUCCACCACCAGUUGCAUCAAGGCCCCCACAUCCUCCGGAACGUGUUUCCAUGACUUCACCACCUCCUCCACCGCCUUUCAUGAGCAGCAGCGGUGGCUCUGGCUCUAACUAUUCUGGGUCUGAAAAUCCGCUCCCACCACCUUCUCCAGGCCUUGCUUUGGGUUUCUCAAAGAGCACAUUUAGUUACGAGGAAUUAGCAAGGGCAACAGAUGGCUUCUCAAAUGCUAAUCUCCUUGGUCAAGGUGGUUUUGGGUAUGUGCACAGAGGAGUCCUUCCUAAUGGGAAAGAAGUGGCUGUUAAGCAGCUAAAAGCUGGAAGUGGGCAAGGAGAGCGUGAAUUUCAGGCAGAAAUAGAAAUUAUUAGUCGAGUGCAUCACAAACAUCUUGUCUCAUUGGUUGGAUAUUGCAUUACUGGAUCUCAGAGACUGCUUGUUUAUGAGUUCGUUCCAAACAACACUUUGGAGUUUCACUUGCAUGGAAAGGGUCGACCGACCAUGGAUUGGCCUACCAGACUCAAGAUUGCAUUGGGGUCUGCUAAAGGACUUGCAUAUCUUCACGAAGAUUGUCAUCCUAAGAUCAUUCAUCGUGAUAUCAAGGCAGCUAAUAUACUUUUGGAGUUCAAAUUUGAGGCAAAGGUUGCAGAUUUUGGGCUAGCAAAGUUCUCUUCUGAUGCUAAUACACAUGUCUCCACCCGGGUGAUGGGAACCUUUGGGUAUCUGGCUCCUGAAUAUGCAUCAAGUGGGAAACUAACGGAUAAAUCUGAUGUGUUCUCCUUUGGAGUCAUGCUUCUGGAAUUGAUUACGGGACGUAGACCUGUUGACUCAACUCAGUCUUUCAUGGAGGACAGUUUGGUAGACUGGGCGAGGCCUUUACUCACACGAGCUCUAGAAGAUGGAAACUUUGAUACUCUGGCGGACCCAAAACUGGGAACUAGUUAUGAUCACAAUGAGAUGGCUCGCAUGGUUGCUUGUGGUGCUGCUUGUGUUCGUCAUUCAGCACGGCGUCGACCACGCAUGAGUCAGGUGGUCCGAGCUCUGGAAGGAGAUGUGGCUCUCUCUGAUCUUAAUGAAGGAAUUAGACCUGGACACAGCAGUGUCUACAGCUAUGGUAGUUCAGACUACGACACCAGCCAAUACAAUGAGGACAUGAAAAAGUUCAGAAAGAUGGCACUGGGAAGCCAAGAGUACGGUGCCAGUAGCGAAUACAGUGGACCAACCAGUGACUAUGGUUUAUAUCCUUCUGGCUCAAGCAGUGAAGGCCAUAAUACCCGAGAAAUGGAAAUGGGAAAGAUGAAGAAAAACAGCCAAGGUUUUAGUGGAAGUUCAUGACAAGUCAAGCUUCAAUUCUUCUGUAAAGAACCGGCCUCCCUCUUCUCAUUCUCUUAGAUGUCGAAAUGAUUGCAAGAAUGGCAUAUUUUCGGAUGUGAUUAACAUAUACGAUUUUUUUUUUCUUUUUCUUUUUUUCCCCGAGAUUUUAUUUUGUAUUUAGUAGUUAUUAUAUACUAGAAAAUAAUGAAACAUUAUGGUUGAUUCUUUUAUUCGAUGCUUAAAUGCCUACCAAUUUGUUUGUUCCAA